UUCAGCUCGGUUUCCUCCUUCCCUCCCUCUAUCUCUUUCGGAAGUAUGGGUUCAUCACUCUGGAUUCUGUUCGUGUGUGUGUUGUUUAUGGCGUCUGGAACAAUGGGAGCUCCCCCGAGAAGGCCUGCACCUGUCCCAUUCGGGAGGAACUAUGUGCCUACUUGGGCUCUUGAUCAUAUCAAGUACUACAGUGGCGGCUCCCAGAUUGAGCUUUUCCUUGACAAGUAUACUGGUACUGGUUUCCAGUCAAAAGGGUCUUACUUGUUCGGGCAUUUCAGUAUGCAAAUAGAGCUUGUCCCAGGAGAUUCUGCUGGAACUGUUACUGCCUUCUAUUUGUCUUCUCAAAACUCGGAGCAUGAUGAGAUGGACUUUGAGUUCCUGGGGAACAGGACAGGGCAGCCAUACAUUCUGCAGACCAAUGUGUUCACCGGAGGAAAGGGUGACAGAGAACAAAGGAUUUAUCUUUGGUUCGACCCAACCAAAGACUACCACUCCUACUCUGUGCUGUGGAACCUCUAUCAGAUUGUAUUCUUUGUUGACGACGUUCCGAUUCGAGUGUUCAAGAACUGCAAAGAUUUGGGGGUGAAGUUCCCAUUCAACCAGCCGAUGAAGUUAUACUCCAGCUUGUGGAACGCGGAUGACUGGGCAACGAGGGGUGGGCUGGAGAAGACCGACUGGUCGAAUGCACCGUUCAUAGCGGCGUACAAGGGGUUCCACAUCGAUGGGUGUGAGUCGUCGGUGAAUGCAAAGUUCUGUGCCACACAGGGGAAGCGGUGGUGGGAUCAAAAGGAGUUCCAGGACCUGGACUCGUACCAAUGGAGGAGGCUGGCCUGGGUGCGCAACAAAUACACCAUCUACAACUAUUGCAACGACAGGAGCAGAUACCCUUCUAUGCCUCCAGAGUGCAAGAGAGACAGGGACAUUUGAAUCUAAAAUCACAAUCUCAUAUUUAUCAUCCCAAAAUCUAUUCCCAGAAUUUGUUAUCAUGAUUAUGAUAAU